AUGCACGCACGGCAGGAGCGGGAGGCGGCACGUCAAAGAGCGGAGCGGGAGCAGAUGGAGAGGGAGCGUGCUGAGCAAGAGGCACGCCUCCUGGAAGAACAGCGGCAGAGACAGGAGCGGAGAGCCCAGGCUGCUGGCGCUGGCGGUCCAUCACAUGUAGGAGGAGGCGGCGGGGGAGACAUACCCGCCGCCCCUCAGCCCAGUGAUCCUAUCUCUACACAACGACGACAGCGACAGACAUCGGAUCCUCAGGCUCGACCGUCUCAGCAACAGACGUCAACCAGAAUAUCUCAGAACCCCGGCACGCAACAGCAACAGCAGCGGCCGUCUAGAAAUCCAGCUGCUCAGGGGGCGCCUCCGCAAUUCCCUACAGGAGUUCCCCAGGCCGCACAGACCACAGCUGGUGGUGCUGGCCAAACCGGUGAAUCUUCAACGGCAGCAGGAACUCGACCUAGGAAUUCGUUCCCUCAUGCCUUCGAGCGCUGGGAGGCCUUGUCAGCCCAUUGGGAGGGCCUGACAAGCUUCUGGAUUCGGAAGUUGCAGCAGCAUGCCGAGGACAUCGACAGAGAUCCCGUUUCUUCGCAGCUCUCCCGACAAGUGACCGAUCUUUCGGCUGCGGGCGCUAACCUUUUCCAUGCCGUGGUCGAGCUUCAACGGCUCCGCGCUAGUUCGGAGCGCAAAUUCCAGCGGUGGUUUUUCGAGACGCGCGCGGAACUGGAGCGGCACCAGGAGGUGAAUGCGAUGCUCGAGGCUGCUUUGGAGGAGGAGCGCCGGGGCAGAUCUGAUGCGAUCAGAGAUGCGGUCGAGCAUGAGCGCGCCAACUCAAAGACGCAGAAGCGCAUGACUGAGAUGCAGAAGGAAUUGACCAUCUCCAAAGAAGAGGCGCGCCGUGCUUGGGAGGAGCUAGGCCGACGUGAGCAAGAGGAGCGUGAUCGAACCAUUUCCCUACAACAAGGUCUACCGACAAUUGUCGGUGGUGUACAGGUGGUGCCCAUGACACAGGGCGUUCCAUCACGACACGGCAGCUCUCGAGAUCCACGAUCGCAACCUCAACCUGAGAAUCCAGAGUACGGUUCCCAGCAGCAAGGCUACGGCGACUAUUCGCAAGCCCCACCCGUUCAACCGACGACCUCUACUGCCGCAGGACCCAGCGGCACCGGCGGUUUCUACCAGCAGCCCCAGGCGACCGUCCACCACGAGGGAGGUAGCGCCUACAGUGGCGGCGGUGGAUCAGAGGGAGGCUAUAGCGAAGGUGAGUACGCCAUAGAUGCACAGGGCAACUUCAUCCGCGACUCCCGAGGCCACAAAGUCCCCUUCCGCGCACCUGGCACUCCUGGAGAUGACAGGUCUGACUCGGGGACAGAAGAUUACGAGACGCCUGUAGCGCAGCCCGCGGGCGGUGUGAGCUAUCCUCCAUCAAGCUCGCAAUACGCUGGCGGCCAGCACCCACCGCAGCAACAGCAGCCGUAUUCUGGCACCGGGCCGGAUUACUCGGGCUCCGGCUAUGCUGCGCCCGGCUGGGAGACUGUCCCCCGUCACCAUCAUCCUACUAGGCUUAGUGAUGUGAUCGAGGAGGACGAUGAACGGAGCAGAACCAGUGCUAGUCAAGUCAGCCGUGGUUAA